CGGGUCGAACAGUUUAUGUGUGUGGUGGACAUUUCAUUGGGUUCGUCGUGAAAAGUGUUGUGCGUUUAUCGUAAGUUCAAAUCAAGAAAAAACAAUAUCGCACAAUGUUAUUUCUCAAAUAUUUAGUGAAUAUAAUUGUGAAGACUAUAGAGAUUGAUAAAAUGGUUCGUUGAAAAGAAUGCGUGGGAAUUCUUUACACGUAACCUUGUGACUGCGUAUUUCGGUAGCUGUUUGAAUUAAGAAUUCAGAAAAGAAGUGUGUGGCGUUCUGUACGAGAAAAACAGAAAUUAAAAAGAUCGCUAUUCAUAGUGAUUGGGACACUUUGAAUUUUAAUGGUUUUGCGUAAAGAACGUUCCCUCUCCAGUGUGGGAAACUCUGGGACAAUGUCAAAUGAGCAACCAGUUACAAAGAGGCAACGAAUAGAAGCGCGUGGCAACAAUGACCGAAUUACAACAGAAUCAAGCGAUGAUGAUCAAACGUCUUCAUCAUCCGAAAGUUUGGCUGGACCGUCAACAUCGACUACGGCAUCAACAACACGAGGGCCUUCGCCAACGGUACAGAUAACACAAGUUGAAAAUCUAACCGAUACUCAUAUUAAAAACGGAACGGACGAGGUGGAUCGUAUAAAUCAGCCAAAUGAAGGUGGAAUCGGAGUUCUUCCGUCUGCAAGCCGAGCCAAUGGAAGCGGGAAUGAUAUGGCUGAGUUCGAAGAUUACCUCGUAAAACAAUGUUUGUGUGGCGUGAGUGAAAGAGCUCUUCGAAAACCAUUUGAAAGUCACUACAAUCAUGAUAUCAACGGAUUUAAACGAGUAGCAAAUCUAAGCGAGUGGCCCACCAGUAAAUUGUUGCAAUUCUUGUCGAACUUGCAACUACUUUUCGAUGUGUACCUUAAGCAAAACAGUAAAGGCUACAUCUGCAGCCGAAUUAUGGAUGUAUGUGACGCCCUUAUAAGAAACGAUCACAAUUUAAUUGAUGAAAUCAUCGAACUAAGUAAUUUUAACAAUAAGUACGUGCAAUUCCUCUCUGGCCGCGUUCUUGCCAGCUUUCUGGUUAUCGCUAAGAAUAAUAUGGAUGAUAACUGGCUGAAGAAAUUAGUUGAUAAUUUAUUUGUGUUCGAACGUUUGGAUUACUUGGCAGUGCAGAAAAUGCACUUCAGCCUGGAAAUUAUUAAACGCAUUGUGGAAUGGAAAGAUAUCGACAUACAUCCUUUGGAAGAUGAUGCAGGAGAAAGUGUGAAUAUGCUUCAAACUGCUCGUGAGCCGUCGAUUGAGACAAACUACUUUGCAAUUAACUUCAACAAUGAGUAUUCGGGCGGAGGUUCGAAUAUCGGAAACAGUAGCGCCGGCAGCAGUAGUAGCGGAAAUGGUAGCCUUAGUAGUAAUAGUAGUAGUAGCGUUAGUAGUAGCCAACCCAGUACAAGUAACUCCAGUGUAACGAAUAAUUAUAGGAACACUAUAUCACAAAAUAGCAGCAUUCAGCAACCUGAAAUUCACAAUGGAUGUCAUAUUAUCUCCCUUACGGACUCUGAGAGUUUCGACACAACACAUUUAAAGUGUGUAACAAUAAAAAUUCUAGAGAAUAAGUGGCCGGCGCUGGUAAAAAACAUGAGUUCAUUGAUUUCGACGCACCACGAAAUAGCUAUGUCGGAGUCCUGCAUUCUUACAUUUCUUUGCCUUUGGGAGAACAUCAUAAGCGUGAAAGCCAACUUGUCGAUAGUUGAGACGCUCCCGUUCUACGCACAGCUGGAUAAAUUCGAAUUGCUUUUGAAUCAGAAUCUGAAUUGUACGAUUUACACGCAAAUGUUGAGUUUAUUCAAUGAAGCUCUUUGUUAUGGGAGCACGUUGGCGCUUCAAGAUCUCUUGCCCGAAGAAACUUGUUCGCUUGCACAUCAGAUAGUUCGACAUGUGAAAGACUUUCGAAUACUUGAUUCUCUACCGAGAAGGCAACCAGAAAAUACAGUUAGUUUGCUAGGAUAUAAGGGUACUAACAUCAUCUAUCAAGAGGAUUCUCUUGAGUGUGUACGAAACGAGCGUAAUGAGUCGAAUAUGGGUGUACAUGACAUGGAUAAGACAAUUUUACAAAAAAUGGUGCUUCUAGUUCUCAAAUCCGUGGCUGUAACGGUUAAGGAGAUUCGCAGUGAUUCGUCAGAUAGUUCAAUCGACAGUGCUGACUAUGAUGCUUUUCAGGAUAUGGUGCUAAUUGAACGCUCAAUUCGCGAUGUUCUCAAGAAACUCGAGUCUUUUAUUAAGGGAGCUCUGGAAUUUCAUCCGGAAAGUCAUUUCAGCAAAAUUCUCAUACAUUUAUUCGAUGAUCAGGACGAUCACUUGAUCGAAGCAAUGGUUUGUACCCUGGAUGUUACUGCUGGUAUAUCAUUUCGAAAUAAUGCAUUCCCUGAGUUAGUUUCAAUGCUAAAUCCAGUUUUUACGUUCCUAGAAUUCCUCAAAAUGAUUACAAACAGUUCAGAUUUAUUGUUAGAUCUUUUAGUUAGUAAUGAGACUUGUUUUUUACUCUAUCUCCUGAGAUUUUUAAAGUAUAUUCGGCUUAAUUGGUCAAUGUUUGUGGCAAGUUGCCAAGAAUUUGGCAUGGGAACAAAUACUCUUGAUGAUGCGAUGAGUGUUCUUAUACGGUUAAGAUUACAGAUAAGUCGUUUGGUGUCAAAAUCCUUGUAUCCUUAUGACAUAUCGCCGGUUUUAAGGUUAUUGGAGAGUUGUGAGUGUCUAUAUGAAGGGAGUGAACUUAGCUAAAUUAUUUGAAUCUCAUAUGGUUUAGCCUUAAUUACUUCCGCAGAUUGAACUGAACCUGAUAUUUAUUUUUUCCGUUGUAUUAGAUCAAACUUCUAAUAUCCGUUUAUUCGUUUGUUUUGGGAAUACAAUGCAUUUCUCUAAGUCAGUAUUAAUGAAGAUUGAAAAGUGGAUAUGGAAAUGGCAUUCUAAUUUGGGGAAGUUUGAACUAUGAACAAUAUGAUUGUCAACGAUAUGUUCCUCUACUGGCAGCCCAUUAUUUUUUCCGCUAUCGUGAUCUCAAAAGAUAAUAUCUUUUGCCCUUCAAUGGUAGUAAAUUUGCUCCAGUUCUGAUGAAGACGAAUUUCUUUCUACUAAGAGUUCACACGAAUAUUAACAUAGAAUAUAUUCUAUGAUAAAUGAGCUGAUGAGGAGCCAAUUACUUUUUGCUUUUGGUGAACUUUUGCGGCGAUUCAAAGCUGGAUGUACAGUAAUUCACAGAAUCUCUUGAAAUGAUUUGGUGUCGAUCUAUAUAUCAACUAGUUUUAUCUACAGUUUAAUAGUUUACAUCAUAAUUAUUGCUUUGAGCAAUUUGUUGCAGAAGCUGCUAAUCAGAUAUGGUGAACAACAUGGAUAAUUUAAAAGACCAGCGAAAACUUGUAGAUUGCUCAUCCCGGUACCGGACAAUCAAUCCUUGCGAAUUAUCCAUGCUUUUUCUGUUUAUGAUAUGCUCUAGCGAUUGUUUAAGUUUACUAGUGGUGCUAUAUGGUUUUGUGCAGUACAGAACUGCAAUUCCGUACUCAGAUCCAUGGUAUACAUUUGUAAAUGUAUGCAGGAUCAUCAUUCGUUGACGCAAACAAAAUCUUGACAAUCUUGUAUUUGUAUAUCACCGAAAUAAUGAAACAUUUUAUCCAAAGAAAUUUCCGAUAAUCUUGCCAAUUUGCUUCAUAAAUAUCAAUUUAUUCAACUUAGUAAACUAGUUUUUUAUCUAUAUUAUAAAAAUAUAGAAUAGUAACAGUUCAUUAUUCAAAUUUACCGAGAUUGAAUGACAUUUCUGUAGAUUAAAAUUUCAAACGCACAUUCACUGUACAUAUAUAAUCCUUAAAAUAUUUUACAAGCUACUGUAAAAAACACACUCAGACUGAAUAAUGAGACAUUUGUUUUUAUUUGUUAAAGUACUCAACAUUAAAGAAGUAACGUAAAACGAUAAGAAAUGAGAAAAGUCGAGACCAAUAUAAUUUAUGGAAACGAAAAAAUCAACUAGGUUACUUUCCUUUUAAUUUUUAUUUAACUUAUCACAAUGUAUAUUGUACUUUUAAUGAAAGAAGGUAAAAUCAUAAUUUAUAAUUUAAUUUUUAGCUUGUAAUUAGCGAAUAAAGGAUAGGUUUAAGGUUUUUUACUGCUGUAAUGUGCCUUAGCUUACAAUAAUAAACUAUUUUUUUUCAUAUAAUUUU